AUGCCUGGGUUUUAUAUAACGAAACAAUUGGUGAAAUAUAUUGAUAAUUUGUUUCAAUUAGCAGAAGAACUUAGCGCAGAGUAUAAAGAUCCAUCUGAACUGAAAAACUKGAAUGACCUCUUGAAUAUUCCAAAGAAUUCUAAUAUACGAAAAACUUGCCAAUUGACAAUUUUGAAAGUUUUAAAUAGAAAUAAAAUAUGAAGACUUAUGGAGACUUUGUUUACAGUCGGGAAUAUCCCGUACGAAGCAACCGAGGAGAACUUGAAAGAUAUAUUCAGCAAAGUUGGCCCAGUACUUUCCUUCAAAUUGAGAUGUGAUCGUGAGAUAGGGAAGCCUAAAGGUUAUGGUUUCUGCGAAUACAAGAAUCAAGAGACAGCACUUAGUGCGAUAGAAAAUUUAAAUGGUUACAARAUUGGUGAAAGAACGCUAUGCGUAAGCAUUGCGUGUACAAAAAAGAGUCGUAUAGAAAUGCAGAGUCYUUUACAGGGACAUAAAACUGAGAAUCUGAAUGGAGAUGCAGUUCAAGCUGACAAAACUCCCGAAGCAAUUAGUAAAGCAGUAACUUUCCUUCCACCUGAAAAAAUGUUUGAAUUAAUGCAACACAUGAAGAUAUGUGUGCAGAAUAAUCCUAAUYAAGUACGACAGAUGUUACUUCAGAAUCCACAACUUGCCUAUGCUUUAUUACAAAUACAGUUAGUAAUGCGAAUAGUGGAUUCUCAUACUGCUGUUAGUAUGCUACGUAAAGCUAAUCCAAACCUAAGCGUUUUGACACCUUCAGAAAAGCCAGUGAUACAUGAGAUUUCACCUCGUAUYRAAGAACCAUCAACAGCAGCAAGACCUACACUAGUAGUUGCCAAUCCUUUUGUACCUAUUUUUGCAGACCAAGAUGUAGAAAUUCGAACAUUGGAUGAACAGAUUGAUCCGCGUUUAGCAAGAUUAGAUCAAUCUUCAAGAGGACCACCGCAAACCCAAAAAACUCCGAUUACCGUACCAYCAAUUAGAAUUACUACUGCUGACCCUAGGGUAUCUCCUACUACUUUUACUCUACCAGAAAACAACCUUCCUGUARUAGAAGRAGUUGAAAGCUUUUACCGUGAUCUAAGAGUUAAUGGAUUUGGUAGAGAUCCAAAAGAUUYAARAAAUCCUCGUAUGUCUAUUGAUCCAAUAAUCGCUAAACYUACUCCUCCUGUAACCGUARAACCUUCUAUCAYAMMAAGCACKUYCCAUCAUAUAGYAGCAGAUUUUACAGUUYCACCACCACCUGUGGUUGUUWCGAAUACGAAUAAMGGUGUACCUCCUACCACCGCUCUUACAACAUCUACAAGUACUCCUACUUCYWGACUUAUGAGGGGAAUGUCGCCAGCAGCUAAUAUACCARACAGURSGUUGGAUAAAGAAAARUYAGAAUUMAUAUCUAUGGUAUUACUUUUAUCAAACGAACAAAUGGCCAUGCUUCUACCAGAACAAAGGCAAAGUAUUUUACUUCUUAAAGAACAAAUUGCCAAAAGCCAUCGUUAA